AAAUAACACUUCAGGAUAUCAAUGACAAUCCACCAGUAUUCCCCACAGACAUGCUUGACCUGACUGUAGAGGAGAACAUAGGGGAUGGAUCUAAAAUACUGCAGCUGACAGCCAUGGAUGCUGAUGAGGGAGCCAAUGCCCUGGUGACGUACACCAUCAUCAGCGGUGCAGAUGACAGCUUCCACAUCGACCCCGAGUCGGGCGAGCUGAUCGCCACCAAGCGCCUGGACCGCGAGCGCCGCUCCAAGUACUCCCUGCUGGUCCGCGCUGACGACGGCCUGCAGUCCUCGGACGUGAGGAUAAACAUCACCGUCAGCGAUGUCAAUGACCACAUCCCCAAGUUCUCCAAGCCAGUGUACUCCUUUGACAUCCCAGAAGAUGCCACUCCAGGCUCCUUGGUGGCAGCCAUUCUUGCCACUGACGACGACUCGGGCGUCAACGGGGAGAUCACGUACACCAUAAGCGAGGAUGAUGAAGAGGGAAUCUUCUUCCUGAAUCCCGUCACCGGGGUCUUCAACCUGACACGGGCCCUGGACUACGAAGCUCAGCAGUAUUACAUCCUCACCGUCCAUGCCGAGGAUGGGGGAGGCCAGUCCACGGCCAUCAGGGUGUACUUCAACAUCCUGGACAUCAACGACAACCCGCCCGUCUUUGGCAUGGCCUCCUACAGCACUUCCUUGAUGGAGAACCUUCCCCCUGGGUCCGCCAUCCUCAACUUCAGCGUCACCGACGCCGAUGACGGUCCCAACUCUCAGCUGUCCUUCAGCAUCGCGUCCGGGGACAGCGCGGGGCAGUUUGGCAUCGACAACCGUGGGGUGCUGAGCAUCCGGCAGCCCUUGGAUCGGGAAAGCCAGUCCUUCUACAGCCUCGUCGUGCAAGUCCACGACAUGGCCCCACUGCCAGCCUCCAGGUACACCAGCACAGCCCAGGUUUCCAUCAUUCUGCUGGAUGUGAACGACAGCCCCCCGAGCUUUAUCUCCCCGAAGCUGACGUACGUGCCGGAGAACACGCCCAUGGACACAGUGGUGUUCAAAGCCCAGGCCACGGAUCCCGACAGCGGUCCCAACAGCUACAUCGAGUACAGCCUGCUCCGGCCUCCGGGAAGCAAGUUCAGCAUCGGCACCAUUGAUGGCGAGGUGAGGCUCACCGGGGAGCUCGACAGAGAAGCCGUGGCCAACUACACCUUGACUGUGGUAGCCACAGACAAGGGUCAGCCGUCCCUUUCUUCGUCUACGGAUGUGGUGGUCAUAGUCCUGGACAUCAAUGACAACAACCCGCUCUUUGCCCAGAAGCUUUACAAAGUGGAGGUGGCGGAAAAUACUUUGACAGGGACGGAUUUAAUCCAGGUGCUGGCUGCUGAUGGAGAUGAGGGGACAAACGGGCAGGUGCGCUACGCCAUCGUCAGCGGGGAUGCCAGCAAUGAGUUUCGGAUCGAUUCUGUGACGGGGGUGAUCACUGUGGCCAAGCCUUUGGACAGAGAGAAGAAGCCCUCCUACACACUGACUGUUCAGUCAUCCGACCGUGGGAGCAGCCCCAGGACCGAUACCGCGACAGUCAGUAUUGUCCUGAAGGAUGUCAAUGAUUUCAUUCCCACGUUUGAGCUUUCCCCCUACUCUGUGAACGUCCCUGAGAAUUUGGAGACACUCCCAAAAGUUGUCCUUCAGGUUGUAGCAAGGGAUGAUGACCAGGGGCUGAACAGUGAGCUGACCUACGUGCUGGUGGCUGGCAAUGAGGAGGGAGCCUUCACCCUGUCGGGCAGCGGGGAGCUACGCCUGGUGCGGAGCCUGGACCGCGAGGCCAAGGAGCAGUACCUGCUGCUGGUCACGGCUGCUGACGCAGGAUCUCCUGCCCUCACUGGCACUGGAACCAUUGCUGUCACAGUGGAUGAUGUCAAUGACAACGUCCCCACGUUUGCCUUUAACAUGUAUUUUGCCACUGUUCCGGAGGAUGCUCCCACGGGGACAGACAUUUUGCUCGUGAACUCCUCGGAUGCUGAUGCUUCUACAAAUGCUGUUAUUAGCUACAGGCUUAGGGGCGGCAAUUCCCAAUUCACCAUCAACCCCUCUACAGGACAGAUCAUCACCAGUGCCCUCCUUGACCGGGAGGCGAGGGAGAACUACACCCUGGUGGUGGUGGCCAGCGACGGGGGCUUCCCCAGGGCUCUCUCCAGCUCUGCCAGCGUGCUGGUGUCCGUGGCCGACGUGAACGACAACCCGCCCAAAUUCCAGCACCACCCCUAUGUCACCCACGUGCCGUCGCCCACCCCCUCAGGCUCAUUCGUGUUUGCUGUGACUGUCACCGACGCAGAUGCCGGCUCCAAUGCCGAGCUCCAUUAUUCCCUCGUGGGGAAGAACUCUGAGAAAUUCCACAUUGAUCCAGCAAGGGGGGCAAUCCUGGCUGCAAAACCACUGGCAGGAGAGUCCGAAGUCACCAUUUCUGUUCAUGUGAGGGAUGGUGGCCGGUAUCCCAAGACAGACUCUACCACUGUCACUGUGAGGUUUGUGGACAAAGCCGAAUUUCCUCGUGUUCAGGCCGAGCAGGAGACCUUCACCUUCCCUGAAAACCAAGCAGUUGGGACACUUGUCACCACCGUCUCUGGAUCUUCAGCCAGAGGAGGCUCCUUGUCCUAUUACAUUGCCAGCGGUAACCUGGGCAGCACCUUCCUGGUGGACCAGGUGACAGGACAGCUUUCUGUCGGGCGGGCUUUAGAUUUUGAAGCCGUGCAGAAAUACGUGGUGUGGAUUGAGGCCAGAGACACGGGCUUUCCCCCCUUUUCCUCCUACAAGAAAUUGGAAGUAUCAGUGAUUGACGUCAACGAUAAUGUGCCAGAGUUUGAGCAAGAUCCCUUCGUUGCAGAAAUAGCAGAGAACCUGUCCCCACGGAAGAUACUGACGGUGGCUGCUGUUGACAGGGACAGUGGUCUGAAUGGACAGCUGAAUUACGAAAUAAUUGAGGGCAAUACCGAAAACAGUUUCAGUAUCAAUCGAGCCACUGGUGAGAUCAGAAGUGUCCGGCCCUUGGACAGGGAGAAACUGUCUCAGUACACGCUAACCAUAAAAGCUUCAGACAAAGGCACUCCGCUCCAGAGCACGACUGUCAAAGUUAUCAUUAACAUUUUAGAUGAAAAUGACAACGCUCCGAGGUUUUCGCAGAUAUUCAGUGCUUCUGUGCCUGAAAAUGCUCCUCUGGGUUUUACAGUAACACGAGUCACAACGUCAGAUGAGGACAUUGGGGUGAACGCAGUCAGCAGGUACUCCAUAAGGGAUACGAGUCUCCCAUUUACCAUAAAUCCCAGCACUGGGGACAUCACCAUCAGCAGACCACUGAACAGAGAGGACACUGACCGCUACAGAAUCAGGGUCUCUGCACAUGACUCAGGGUGGACGGUGAGCACAGACGUCACUAUAUUUGUCACAGAUGUCAAUGACAAUGCCCCACGAUUUACAAAACCAUCCUAUUACCUGGAGUGUCCUGAGCUUCCUGGGAUCGGGCUAAAGGUCACCCAGGUUUCAGCCACUGAUCCAGAUGAAGGGUCCAAUGGUCAAGUCUUCUACUUCAUAAAAUCCCAGUCUGAGUUCUUCCGCAUUAACGCAACCACAGGAGAGAUUUUCAACAAGCAGUACUUAAGGUACCAAAACUCCAGCGGUUCCAGCAAUGUCAACAUCAACAGGCACAGCUUCAUCGUGACAUCAUCAGACCGGGGCAGUCCCCCGUUAGUGAGUGAGACCACCGUCACCAUAAACGUCGUAGACAGCAAUGACAACGCACCGCUCUUCCUCGCCCCUAAAUAUUUCACUCCUGUGACUAAGAACGUGAGGGUUGGCACAAAUCUGAUUAAAGUUACUGCGGUGGAUGACAAGGACUUUGGCUUGAAUUCUGAAGUGGAGUACUUCAUCUCUGAUGAGAGCAAAACUAAUAAAUUCAGACUGGACAGGAGUACAGGCUGGAUUUCUGUGUCAUCUUCACUAAUGGCUGAUUUGAACAAAAACUUCCUGUUUAAAGUGAAAGCCAAGGACAAGGGUAAUCCCCCACUCUCAUCUGAGGUAGCUGUUGAAAUAGUAGUGACAGAAGAAAAUUACCAUACACCCGAGUUUUCCCAGAGCCGCAUGAGCGUUACUAUCCCGGAGAGCUACUCUGUUGGAACGGUGGUCAGGACGGUUUCAGCACGAGACAGAGAUGCUGCUAUGAACGGAUUAAUCAGCUACAAUAUUUCCUCUGGAAAUGAAGCUGGAAUCUUUGCUAUUAAUACCACCACUGGUACACUGACACUAGCCAAACCACUUGAUUUUGAGUUACACCAAAAGCACGAGCUGGUUGUUACUGCCACGGAUGGAGGGUGGGUGUCCCGAACAGGCUACUGCAGUGUCACUGUCAAUGUCAUUGAUGUCAAUGAUAACUCCCCAGCAUUCAGCCCUGAGGAGUACUUUCCCACCGUGCUAGAAAAUGCCCCCAGCGGGACAACUGUUAUUAGUUUAAACGCCACUGAUGCUGACUCUGGAUCUAACGCUGUGAUUGCGUAUGCCAUCCAGUCCUCAGACAGUGACCUCUUUGUCAUUGACCCCAACACAGGAACCAUCACCACCCAGGGAUUUUUAGACUAUGAAACAAAGCAGAGUUACCAUCUAACAGUAAAAGCUUUUAAUGUUCCAGAUGAAGAGAGGUGCAGCUUUGCUACUGUCAACAUCCAGUUAGAAGGGACAAAUGAAUAUGUGCCCCGUUUUGUGUCCAAGCUUUAUUACUUUGAGGUUUCAGAGGCAGCCUCCAAAGGUACUGUUGUAGGUGAGGUUUUUGCAAGUGAUCGUGAUAUGGGCAUUGAUGGAGAAGUCCACUACCUCAUCUUUGGCAACAGCAGAAAGAAGGGCUUCCAGGUAGAUGAGAAAAGUGGCCAGAUCUACGUUUCAGGACCUCUUGACAGAGAAAAAGAAGAACGGAUCUCUUUGAAAGUCCUUGCAAAAAAUUUGGGGAGCAUUCGUGGCGCAGAUAUAGAUGAAGUAACUGUUAAUAUCACAGUCCUGGAUGCCAACGAUCCUCCCGUUUUUACCUUGGGAGCCUACAAUGUACGGAUCAGCGAGGGUGUUCCUCCAGGCACCCAUGUCACCUUCGUCAGUGCCUUUGAUUCAGAUUCUGUCCCCAGCUGGAGCAGGUUUUCCUAUUUCAUCGGGUCUGGCAACGAGAACAGCGCCUUUUCCAUCAACCCACAGACGGGACAGGUGACGGUCACUGCAGAGCUGGAUCGAGAAACGCUGCCUGUCUACAACCUCUCUGUGCUGGCCAUCGAUUCAGGAACGCCGUCUGCGACAGGAAGUGCCUCUCUAGUGGUAACUUUGGAAGACAUCAACGACAACGGCCCUACCUUGUCCACCAGCCAAGGAGAAGUCCUGGAGAAUAACCGCGCAGGAACUCUGGUGAUGACACUUCAGUCAUCGGAUCCCGAUCUCCCUCCCAACCAAGGUCCUUUCACGUAUUACUUGCUCAGCACUGGCCCUGCCACCAGCUACUUCAGCCUCAGCACCGCUGGAGUCCUGACAACGACGAGGGAGAUUGACAGGGAGCAAAUCAGCGAUUUCUACCUCUCAGUGAUUACCAGAGACUCUGGCGUUCCUCAGAUGUCUUCCACAGGAACUGUGCAGAUCAAGGUAAUAGACCAAAACGACAACCCGUCUCAGCCCAGAACAGUAGAAAUCUUUGUUCAUUAUUAUGGCAACCUCUUCCCAGGUGGAAUUUUGGGCAACGUAAAGCCGCAGGAUCCAGAUGUGCUAGACAGCUUCCAGUGCUCCCUCACCUCAGGAGUCACCAGCCUUUUCAGCAUUCCCGGGGGCACCUGUGAGCUGCACUCGCAGGCGAGGUCCACGGAUGGCACGUUUGACCUGGCCGUCCUCAGCAAUGACGGGCUGCACGGAGCUGUCACCAGCAGCGUCCGGAUCUUCUUCGCGGGCUUCAGCAACGCCACCAUCGACAACAGCGUCCUGCUUCGCCUGAGCGCCCACAGCGUGCGGGACUUCCUGACCAACCACUACCUGCACUUCCUGCGCAUCGCCAGCUCCCAGCUGACGGGGCUGGGCACGGCCAUCCAGCUCUACGGCCUCUAUGAGGACAGCAACCACACCUUCCUGAUGGCGGCCGUCAAGCGCGGCAGCAACCAGUACGUGAACCCCAGCGGCGUGGCAACCUUCUUCGAGAGCAUCAAGGAUGUCCUCUUCCGUCAGAGCGGGGUGCGGGUCGAGGCCGUGGACCACGACUGGUGCCUGCAGAGCCCCUGCCAGAACGGAGGGAGCUGCCUGAGGAGGCUGGCGGUGGGGCCCGCCCUGAGGACCCACGAGAGCGUGCCCGUCAUCAUCGUGGCCAACGAGCCGCUGCGGCCCUUCAUGUGCAGGUGCCUGCCGGGGUACGAGGGCAGCCUGUGCGAGACCGACGUCGACGAGUGCCUCCCGUCGCCCUGCCACAACGAGGGCACCUGCCACAACCUGGUGGGGGGCUUCUCCUGCAGCUGCCCUGAGGGUUUCACCGGCAUGGCUUGCGAGAGGGACGUCAACGAGUGCCUUUCCAACCCCUGCAAAAAUGGUGCUGCCUGCCAGAACUUCCCAGGAAGCUUCAACUGCGUUUGUAAAACCGGGUACACAGGGAAAACGUGUGACUCCACUGUCAACUACUGUGAGUGCAACCCUUGUUUCAAUGGUGGUUCCUGCCAAAGUGGGCUGGAGGGGUAUUUCUGCCACUGUCCCUUUGGUGUUUUUGGGAAUCACUGCGAGCUGAACAGUUACGGAUUUGAAGAGCUGUCCUACAUGGAGUUCCCCAGUAUGGAUCCCAACAAUAAUUACAUCUACAUAAAGUUUGCCACCAUAAAGAGUAACGCCUUGCUGCUGUACAACUACGACAACCAGACUGGGGAGCGGGCGGAAUUCCUGGCGCUGGAGAUAGCGGAAGGGAGGCUGAGGUUCUCCUACAACCUGGGCGCUGGCACGUACAAGCUCACCACGGCUAAGAAGGUGUCUGAUGGACAGUUCCACACCGCCAUCGCCCGCCGGGCUGGCAUGGCAGCAUCCCUGACGGUGGAUUCCUGCUCUGAGGACCAGGAGCCAGGCUACUGCACUGUUAGCAACGUUGCUGUUUCGACUGACUGGACUCUCGAUGUACAGCCAAAUCGAGUUACUGUUGGUGGCAUCAGGUCCAUAGAGCCCAUCCUUCAGAGGAGAGGACAGGUGGAAAGCCAUGAUUUUGUGGGCUGCAUAAUGGAGUUUGCAGUCAAUGGACGUCCCCUGGAGCCCAGCCAGGCUUUGGCAGCCCAAGGAAUCUUAGAUCAGUGUCCCAGACUGGAAGGUGCUUGCACGACCAGCCCCUGCCAGCACGGUGGCACUUGUGUCGAUCAGUGGUCGUGGCAACAGUGUCACUGCAAGGAUGGACUGACAGGAAGGCACUGUGAAAAAUAUGUCACUGCUGACACGGCCCUGUCGCUGGAGGGCAAGGGACGCCUCGACUACCACAUGAGCCCCAACAAGAAGCGGGACUACCUGAUGAGACUGGGGGCUUGGGGCCCGCCGGGCGUGGAGCGCUUGGAGGUGAAGUUCAUGACGAGGAGCGAGAGCGGCAUUCUGCUCCACGUCCAAGAGAGCAGCAACUUCACUACCGUGAAGAUAAAAGGUGGGAAGGUGCACUACAUAUCUGAUGCUGGAGUUGCUGGGAAAGUGGAAAGGAACAUCCCUGAGGUGUAUGCUGCAGAUGGCCAGUGGCACUCGGUCCUCCUGGAGAAGAACGGCUCUGCCACCAUCCUGUCAGUGGACAGGACUCACAGCCGGGACAUUCUCCAUGCCACCCAAGACUUCGGUGGCCUGAACGUCCUCACCAUUUCUCUGGGAGGAAUUCCAUCCAGCCAACCUUUCAAGAGCACAGCUGCAGGCUUCAACGGCUGCAUUUCCUACAUCAAGUACGGCGGGGAGAGCCUCCCCUUCUCCGGCAAGCACAGCCUUGCCACGCUCUCCAAAACAGACCCCUCGGUGAAGAUGGGCUGCCACGGCCCCGACGUGUGCGCCAGCAAUCCCUGCUGGGGCGAGCUGAUGUGCAUCAACCGCUGGUUCGCCUACCAGUGCGUGCCCCCGGGCGCCUGUGCCUCCAGCCCCUGCCUCAACGGGGGCAGCUGCGAGCCCGGGCCCCACGCCACCUUCACCUGCAGCUGCCCCGAGGCCUACGCGGGACGGACAUGCGAGACCGUGGUGGCCUGCCUGGGGGUCCUGUGUGCCCCCGGCCAUGAGUGCAGGGCGGGCGUCAGCGGCGGCCACGUGUGCCUCCCGUCCCCUCGCCCCACCGAGCUGUCCCUGCCGCUCUGGGCCGUGCCGGCCAUCGUGGGCAGCUGCGCCACGGUCCUGGCGCUGCUGGUCCUCAGCCUCAUCCUCUGCAACCAGUGCCGGGGGAAGAAGUCAAAGGGGCCGAAAGAGGAGAAGAAAACGAAGCAGAAGAAGAAGAAGAAAGGGAGCGAGAAUGUGGCGUUUGAUGACCCUGACAACAUCCCACCCUACGGUGAUGACAUGACUGUCAGGAAGCAGCCCGAAGGGAACCCGAAACCCGACAUCAUCGAAAGGGAAAACCCUUACCUCAUCUACGAUGAGACAGACAUCCCGCAUGCCACGGAGACAAUCCCCAGUGCCCCGCUGGCUUCCCCCGAGCCUGAGAUAGAGCACUACGACAUCGACAAUGCCAGCAGCAUCGCCCCCUCGGACGCUGACAUCAUCCAGCACUACAAGCAGUUCCGGAGCCACACUCCCAAGUUCUCCAUCCAGAGGCACAGCCCGCUGGGCUUCGCCCGGCAGUCCCCCAUGCCCCUGGGAGCCAGCAGCCUGACCUACCAGCCUGCCUACGGACAGGGCUUGAGGACAACGUCCCUGAGCCACUCGGCGUGCCCCACUCCCAACCCCCUGUCUCGGCACAGCCCCGCACCCUUCUCCAAAUCCUCGACGUUCUACAGGCACAGCCCAGCCAGGGAGCUGCACCUCGCCAUCAGGGAAGGGAGCCCGCUGGAGAUGCAUGGCGAUGUCUGCCAGCCCGGCAUCUUCAACUACGCCACGCGGCUGGGGAGGAGAAGCAAGAGCCCACAGACCAUGGCGGGCCACAGCUCCCGCCCGGGAAGCCGCCUGAAGCAGCCCAUCGGGCAGAUCCCGCUGGAGACAUCUCCCCCGGUGGGGCUCUCCAUCGAAGAGGUGGAGAGACUGAACACCCCUCGCCCCAGGAACCCCAGCAUCUGCAGCGCAGACCACGGCCGCUCCUCUUCCGAGGAGGACUGCAGGAGGCCUCUGUCCCGGACGAGGAACCCGGCCGACGGCAUUCCCGCGCCCGAGUCCUCCUCCGACAGCGACUCGCACGAGUCCUUCACCUGCUCCGAGAUGGAGUACGACCGGGAUAAACCCGUGGCCUACACCUCCAGGAUGCCCAAGUUGUCCCAGGUCAACGAGUCGGAUGCGGAUGAUGAGGACAACUACGGCUCGAGGCUGAAGCCGCGGCGGUACCCGGGGCGCCGCGGCGAGGGCGGGCCCGUGGGGGCACAGGCAGCAGGCAGCGCGGCCGGGGAGGGCUCCCUGCCCGGGAAGCUGGGCCAGCAAGCGGGAAGCUUCAACUGGGACAACCUCUUGAACUGGGGCCCGGGCUUUGGGCAUUAUGUGGAUGUUUUCAAAGAUUUGGCAUCGCUUCCUGAGAAAGCAGCAGCAGCAGCGAGUGAAGACGGCAAAGGUGGUACAGCCAAGCCUGUUUCCAAGGAGGGGGAAGCAGAACAGUAUGUAUAGGCUUUGUCUCCUGGUACUGCCACAGUGCAAAGCCACGGGGCCUGCUCAAACCAUUAUAUGGUUGUAGAAAAGCCAAGGUCAGCAUCUGAUCCCCAGGCCAGUCUGGUUGGAGGAGACUUUAAAAAUAAUAACCAUUAUGCUGCUGAAAGAGACUUAAGACAUUUUUAAUUUAAUUAUGCUUGGAUGAAUUUAUUUCUCCUGCAUGCAUUGUAUUUGCAAACCAGAUAUUCGGCAUGCAGCCUUUGAAAAGGGUUUUCCUAUUUACCAUUGUUUGGUUCGUGGUUCUUAAAUUAAUAAUGCUUUGUUCUGAAAAUGAACUAAUUUUUUGUUUCAAUUGUGAAGGAUGUGCAUAUUGUCUCCAGCUACUAACAUGUUUUACGAUGCAAGAGUACUGAGGAUUCCAUUUUCCUUAAGAAGUGCAUGGAAGUAAGAUGGUGAAUGAAGGAAUUACCAUAGUGAGGUGUCUCAGAAAAUGUAGUUACCAUAUCCUGCAGUUGCUCACAUGUGACUUUAUGGAAUAAAUCAGCUUGAAUAAUUGCUGGCAACAGUGCUUGCUGUAAGUCUUAUUCCAUACAAGAGGUGCUAGAAGCAGCUCAAGCCAGUCAGCACUUUAGGAGUUUUUUUUUUCUUCUUCUUUUCAGUUUGUUUAUUUGUUCAUUUCAGGUCUCUUUCUUUUUUUUUUUUCUUUUUUUUUCUUUUUUUUUGUUUUGUUUCUUUGCUUGUUUGUUUUGGUUUGGUUUUUUUUGGACAAAGUUGUGUGAGAGCUUCUGAAUCUCUAUGAAAUGUUUUUGGGGAUGCUUACUUAAUCCUGGUCCCUUCCUGCCCCCACCCCAGUGAUUCCUGAUGGUCAUUUGUCAGCCCAGCCCAGUCCCCUGGCUCACAGCAGCAAGGGACAAACCUGUCCAUUCCCACAUCUCUUGGCCUCCCAGCUUGGCUGUGCUGCUGCUGCAGCCUGUGCUUCUCCCCUUACUCCAUUUUCCCAUCUGUACCGUGGAAAGGCAGGAAGAACACUUGGUUCCCUGCCUCACAGGGGUGUUGUGAGGGCUAAUUAGUUAACUCUUCUGAAGUGCUUCAACAUUAUAAAGCACUAUAAUAAGUAUUAUCAUAAUUAUUAUUAAAGCACUGCCUAGCCUCUGUGACCUUGGAGUGGCAUUUUCUGCAUUCUAUGAUUUUCUAUGGUGGAAAUUUUGAAGAAUUAUUUAUUGUAUAGAAAAUUACUGCACUCUAGCAUUUUGGAGCAGAUAUGAGGGAAAACUACUUGUAGAUUCAUUAACGUAGCUUACCAGUUGUCCCCAAUUCCCUAAAGUUGUAGGUGAAAUAGAUUCUCACAAAGUCCUUACAUCUUCACGCAGAUCUGAUGUACCUGUUGUACUGUGUAAAAACUUCAAAUUUUGUUGUUUUUUUUUUUUACCUAAGCUGUGUUUUUUAUAUCAAUAUUUUCCUAUGCUGAAUAGUUUUCUUACUUUCAGGGAAGGUAAGAAAAAUACUUUUUUUACAUUUGUUACUUAUGUAACAUCCAUAUUUUUCACAUUUUGAUAAAAUUGUAACAUACUGUAUGCUUUCUACCUGUAAAUGCCAAUAAUAGAAUUAAAAUAUUUAUUUAAAAUCU